AUGAUCUUGAGCCGCGGCCGGUUUGACUUUGGUCGCUGCUUGAUGUGGCACUUGACAUUUGUACUUGUUGCAUGUGUUACCGUUUUCCAGUGCUACUCCAGUGCGAUCCCUGAGACCAAACUCUAUUCUAUUCAAUUCCGACUACAGCAUAAAAGUGAUGAAGUAGACGUACAAUGUCCUUUGCAAUAUGCCAAGUCAGGUGACGAACUGCUAAUUUACGAACGAAAGUGGCUGGACAACUCAACGGUGCUGAUACGUCGUAGCCAAAUAACGGAGCACACUAAAGCCAGGGAUCUGACAUUAACGGUGCGCCGGUGGACGGAGCGAAGUCAGUUCGAAUGCGUACUACACAGUCCCCAAACCAAUACAGUCGUGUACAGAACUGAAGUACGAUUCAGUCAGGACAAAGGCUAUCGACAGCUAGUAUACGAUCCGGACUUGAACGUUCGUAUUGAAGCACGACUCGGUCGCCCAUUCAGUCUGAAUUGCCCCAUCAGUAAUCACAACAAUGAAAAGAUUCUAUGGUUUCAACAUGCUGGCUACGAGAUCCUUCACGCGGAAGAAGAUGGAACAUUGCAAUUCAACACCCUGGGCAAGGAAGACCUGGGCACCUACUACUGUACGCUGAAAUCAGAUGCCCGACGAGCUGAACUAUAUCUGCCGGUUCGCAAAGUUCUGCUCACAAGCGAAGGACAAACUCAAAGUAUCAAACCCGUGUCCGGCUUGUUGGGACGCGACUCUGCAGAUAUCUAUUACUGCAGUGGACUUCCGCGUUUGCUAACCCAGAUUACUUGGGAAAAUCCCAUGGGCAGUGUAUGGGUUGGAUACAAUCAGCAAACAAUAAAGCGGUCCAAAUCCAUUGAACAACUAGCUCCGAGUUCUAUCUGGUGCUCAUUUGAUGCAUAUGAAGAACUGGAUGCAAGCGAGUCGAAUGUGACAGUUCCUGAGUCCGAUCGUCCACUGGUGCGAACUCGCCGCAGCGUACACGUUGGCCCCGCAAUUCUCGUCAUGCCACGACGCGAUUCAGAGAAUAGUACUGUUCUCCUGAAAUGCGAUUGGAAGGGUCCGGUACCAGAAGGACAAACCCUGAUGUUCCGUUGGGUUGACCCGCAGAACGGAACAGUGGCAGAUGGAAAGGAGAUCUAUCGGGAACUGCAAAUGUUUGGUGCAAUGUCCGAUGCUGACGCCCUUCAUAACUCGAUCAGUUGCGAAGUGACAUCAAAGGAGCAAGGUGAAGUGAUUGGUUCAACCAGUAUGAGUUUGGCUCCGGUUGCCGUUCGAACCAUCGGCUCCGUGGACCUGGCGCAAAUACCAAAACGUGUUUACGGAUACGGUCCUGGAGAAUCGGUUGAAAUGGUUUGCCGUGUGGAAAGAGAGUUUGUGGAAACGGGUAAAGAUAUACAAUGGACCUUCAAUGGUGGUCCGAUUCCGGAGGGGUUGAAUCGAAUCGAUCGAAUCAAAGCGAGUAUUUUGUUAACGAACGACUUGCAGCCGCAACACGAAGGGCAUUAUGUGUGUCAUAUGGGGGAGAAAACGUUGCAAGUGCAGCUCAUUCAACGACCGGUUACUCUGGGAUUGGGCACGGAGCCGGAAUCAGACACGUGCUGGGCAAACGCGGGAGAGAGCACAGAGUUCCACUGUCGACUAAGUGGUCGCGAAAAUGGUAAUCAACUCAUAGAUUGGUCGUUCAUCCCAAAAGGCAGUGAAGACGAAGUUUUGGUUCAUCCGGAUGUGAAUAUCGAACGUCCCGCUGCCACACCGGCCACUUCGUUUAUCAGUAUUCACAAUGUACAGAAGUACCAUGAGGGCACAUACGUUUGCCGUGCACUGAACAUGAAAGCAAUCUCCGAAUUGAUUGUCAAAACACGAAGCAAGUUCACCUUUCCGUUGGUUCUCCUCUCACUCCUCCUUCCGCUCUCAGUGAACCCUGAACAACUGGAUGCACGACCGGGCACAACUGUUCGAUUCCUGUGUGAGUUAUCCGCUGUGAGCGGUCAUGACGGAGGCAAGCUGUACUGGAUGCGAACUGAUCGCAAAGAUUUGCGACCGGGAAAAGAAGAAGUGAUUGGGUCCACCGGGGGACGGGCACUGUUGAUUGUGCAUUCCGUGGACUGGUCCGAUCACAACACCACUUACAUGUGUACCGACGGGGUUAGUUCCGCGGAAAGCCGCAUCUUCGUUCGCGAGGCUUGUGGUCCGGGUUAUCGAUCGUGUGAAUCAGGCGGUUGUGUCGCAUCUAGCGCGUUUUGUGAUGGUAAACAGGAUUGUGAAGAUGGCACGGAUGAGGAUCCUACUAGAUGCAAUGAAUGCAGUCCAAACGAGCUGCGUUGUGGAGAUGUUGGUGACAAAAAGCCACUGAGAAACUGUUACCUGCAGUAUUGGAGAUGUGAUGGCGAAGACGACUGUGGGAAUAACUUUGAUGAAGAAAACUGUCCAGGUGUGUUUAAAAAUCCGUAUGUGACGAUGAAUGGCGUGGUGCUGUUCACUGCAGAUUAG